GGGCGGCGGGGCUCGGCCCCGGCCCUGGGGACACCGGGGCACCCCCAGCUGCCGCCGGCUCCGCGCCCAAGCGUGCAUCCGCGCCCACGCGCGCCCUCGGGCUGCUCGUCGCCGCGUCUUCUCCUCCAGCCGGGAGCCCGAGCCGAGCGCAGCGUUGGGGAUUAACUCCGCCGAAGCACGGGGCCGCGCGGGACGGGGGCACCCACGCAGAGCUCGAAGGGAGCUCCGCAGGGAGCACGGCAUUAAGCCAGGCGGGGCGUCGCAUAGCCGCUGCCUCGCAGAAGCCCCCAAGGUAAAAGCCGACGAUUGGUGCCUUCCGGAUAGCACAGGGCUCUGGGUUCUUGUUCUUAAUUUUUUUUUCAUUUUUUUUUUUUCCCCCCGGGAUUUUGUUUUUAAAGGCAUCGAUCGGGAGAUGUGGGCAGAAAUUGUUGCUGCUGCUGGGGCCGGGAGCUGUGCACCUCCGGAGCACACCGGGAGCAGCUGAACUUUGGCGCUGGGGAAAAUCCAUUUCUCCUCCGUAAACACUUUGGGGACGACCACAGCGCAUCACCGCACACCAAGCGCUGCAGCACCCGGUGCUGGAGCGACACUGAGGGGUUCCUCUCUCGCCAAGGACGGACACCUGUGUAAAGAGCUGGGGAAGGGCAAUUCGUCUUUCUUUUCCAGAUGACUGAAAAUACCGACAGGAUCGUGCCUCUCUGCUUUCCAUCAGCAAGUGGCAUUAGGGAGAGGCAGCUGAGGAAUGGAAAUGAUGUUGCUCCAAUUCAUCCCAGCAUCUACUUUUUCCCAAGGGACUCCAUGCCCAUAGGGGUUUGCUGCAUGCAUAUCCAGCAGUGAGGACAACGGUACCACAGAUGCAUCCCAACUGGAUCAUGUAAGAAUUUGAUACUGAGAAACCCACCCCAGUGAGACUUUCUCUGCCUGAAGUAUAUGGUUCGGUGUAAGCACAGCAAUUUUUGCCUAUUUCUCUCCCUUUUACAUCUCUUGGGCUCGGAGAUCUCUGCCCUCAUUGCAACUAUGCUCAUUUGCAACAUCAGUGCCAUCAAAGAUUGGAGCACUUUCCUCUCCCAGAUCCUCCCCAGCGUGAACAAGACCCUGAACUUGGUGCAGCAAGUGGAAGCCACUACCAGCUCAGUGGUGAGCGUCCUGCAGGACCCCGAGCAGGACAGCUACCUGGCCAACAGCCAGCCCAUGAACUCCAGCAACUUCACAGCUGGCCUAGACCACUUGUUUCAGUACUCUUACUCUGACAAUGACCAGCUGUACAAGGAGUACAAACCCCCUCCUCGUGACGCCAUCCCUCUGCCCAAAGCUGUCCUCUACCUUCUCAUGGCAGCCCUGGUGGUGGUGGCAGUGGCGUACGCCAUCGUUGGGCACCUCAUCAAGGACCUCAUUCAUGACUUUAUAGAUUGGAUCUUCGGCCCCAACCCAGAUGACAACAGCAACAAAAGCGACGUCAACUGCAUCACCAGCAGCGUCAAUGAGAUGAGUGAGAUGCCCGAGGUGCCGCGCCACCACGACCGCCAGCCCCAGGACGUGGUCAUCGCCAUCGGCGAGACCUGCCACCUGCCACAGCAGACGUGAGCAGCGUGAUGGGAUGGGCAUGGCAGGGAAGGACCAGGGGAAGUCUCCUUGUUCGCCUCUACCACCGACAGAGGACUGUCUGCUGCUGAGCAACCGGCACUGCAGGGAUGGGGGCAAAGGGAAAGGGGCUGCGGGAUGAGCAGAGCCUGCAGGGCAGAGCCCUCCAGGUUCCAAGGACAUUGCCAGGGCCACGGGAUUGUGGGUCUAUCAGCUUCCUUUUUUUCCCCAUGAAUAACGAAAGAGCAAAUGGAGAAAUACAGCAAGCAGAGGCGAGGCAGAGAGAAGGGUGGUCCUUUAGCAUGCGGCUGUC